GCAUUUGUUUUGUCAAUAUUAUAGUAGACAUCAAUUGUAUUGACAUUUAUUUUAGCAAAAAAUCAUUGACACCACUGUUUGAUACGAUUUCACCACAAAAACAACACAAUAAUCACCGCACAAGACAUUUAAACAAAUAAAAAACAAUUCAAAAAAAUGUUAGUGUUAGUGAUGGGCGACACUCAUGUGCCGUAUCGGUGUCACUCAUUACCGGCCAAAUUCAAGAAGCUAUUGGUUCCGGGAAGGAUACAACAUAUCCUAUGCACUGGCAAUCUCUGUACUAAAGAAUCGUUGGACUAUUUGAAGACAUUGGCCACCGAUGUUCAUAUCGUUAGAGGAGAUUUCGAUGAAAACACUGCAUAUCCCGAACAAAAAGUGGUUACUGUCGGCCAGUUUCGUAUCGGUCUGUGUCACGGCCAUCAAAUUGUUCCGUGGGCUGAUCCCGAAAGUUUGGCACUAAUUCAGCGACAGCUCGAUGUCGACAUACUUAUUACAGGACACACACAUAAGUUCGAGGCCUACGAAAGUGAUGGCAAAUUUUAUAUCAAUCCCGGUUCGGCUACCGGUGCUUAUACUGCACUCGAAAGUAAUGUCAUUCCAUCGUUUGUCUUAAUGGACAUCCAAUCGUCAACUGUUGUCAUAUAUGUCUACCAAUUGAUCGGCGAUGAGGUCAAAGUUGAAAGAAUUGAAUACAAAAAAUCGUGAAUUGAAUGCCUAUUAUAAAAGUUAUAUAAUUUCCAUUAAAAAUAAUAUUUUCUUUUUACUUUUUA